AUGUCUCUGUUCCCAAGGUUCACUCAGGAAUUUGCGCCCAUGUUCCGCCUGUUCGACGAAUACGACCGCCAGGCAUUCCGCAACCUCGACCGCCAGUUUGAGAGCGUCCGGUCUUUCACUCCCAAGUUCGACGUCAAGGAGACCAAGGAGGGCUACGAACUGCAGGGCGAGCUCCCCGGGGUGGAGCAGAAGGACAUCAACAUCGAGUGGACAGACAACAACACGCUGACCAUCUCGGGCCGGCACGAGCACGUCCGCGAGGAGGGCCAGCGCCCACAGGGCUUCAUCGAGAACGGCGAGCACUCUGAGCAGAAGAAGAUUGGCCACCACCAGCCCAAGGUCGAGGACGACCCCGCCGAGUCCAACAACAAGGUCGCUAAGCAGUCGCAAGAGAAGGGGGUGGCCAAGCACGACGAGUCCAAGGCCAAGUACUGGGUCAGCGAGCGCUCGGUUGGCGAAUUCCACCGCUCCUUUGCCUUCCCGGCCCGCGUCGAUCAGGAUGCCGUCAAGGCUAGCCUCAAGAACGGCAUCCUCAGCAUCGUGGUCCCCAAGGCGCAGGCUCCCCAGCCACGCAAGAUCAGCAUCGAGUAG